AUGCUAGGUUGGAGUAAUUUGACAUAUUACAGUAUAAAUGAUGAUCAGUAUUAAUUAACAGAUUUCAAUUUUACUUAAUCAUUGAUUUCCUGCCAGAUUUUGCUUGAUGAUGUUAUAUUGACAACAAAGAUUGAAAGAUACACUCUUCUAGAUGCUUUAACAAAUACAGGGGGUCUUAUUGGAAUUUUAACUAUCAUUGUAAAAAUAUUUGUACAAAAGAUUUAAGAGCUUAUCUUUUAUUAAUCAAUGGUUAGAGACCUAUUCUUUGUUUAAGAGGAUCAAAUUUCUAAAACUUCGAGCCAAGUAUUAUUAUGGUUAAUUAAUAAAAGAAGUGAGAAAAAAGAAUAAAGCAGAUUACUAUUUGAAUGUGCAAUUAAGUAGGUAGAUAAACAAUUUGAAGUCCUAUAAAUUCUUAAAAAUCAGCAAUUGACAUCUUUUUUGGUUAAAGUUGCACUAGCUAAAUAUCAAAGAAAGCUCGUUCCAUAUUUCAAACAAAAUUUAAUAAGAAAGCAAGAACGGAACAAUGAUAAUUGUGUAACUGCUAAAAUUUAAAGCUUCGUCAAUUCUCCAAUUAUUAGUAAAAAUGAAAAAGAAGAGACCUAUUGGAAAUUACUCAAUAAAAAUGAUAAGAUUAAGAGAAAGCUUUAUGUAGCUAAGUUGAGAAGACUGUUCUUAAGAGCUUGA